UUGAAAAUGAAACAGACCCUAAAGGGCUCGGAGGCAGUGCGAAGGAAGCUUUGUGCAAACUCGUCAGGGAAUCUGUAUUAGCGAGACCUCAGCUGUUCACGGCAGCUAACUGGCUGGGCUCGCCGUGUUAUAAACCUUGAGCUGGAAGACACAUCUCUAUGGUCAACUACACAUAGAGCGGUCCUUCCCCACGUGGUGGGGCUGCGCAUGAGCAGUAGCCGGCAGCCGCUGCUUUGGAAACAUGGCGGAGCAAGAGCAAAGAAAAAAGAUCCCUUUGGUUCCAGAAAAUCUCCUGAAAAAGAGGAAAGCUUAUCAGGCCCUUAAAGCCACUCAAGCGAAGCAGGCACUUUUGGACAAGAAGGAGCAGAAGAAAGGAAAAGAGGUCAAGUUUAAGCGACUGGAAUGGUUCCUACAUGAUUCCUGGCGGCAGCAACGUGACAGGGUGCGACUCAGACGACUAGAAGUGAAACCUCACGGUUUGGAAGUGCCGGAUAAACAUUCCUUGGCCUUUGUUGUACGCAUCCAAAGGAUUAACGGGGUGAGUUCACUGGUGCAGAGGACCAUUGCAAGGCUUCGCCUGAAGAAGAUUUUCAGUGGUGUCUUCUUCAGAGUGACCCCCCAGACCAUAAAAACACUGCGAAUAGUGGAACCUUAUGUGACCUGGGGAUUUCCAAAUCUGAAGUCUGUCCGGGAACUCAUCCUGAAACGUGGACAAGCCAAGGUCAAGAAUAAAACCAUCCCUCUGACAGACAACAUGGUGAUUGAGGAGCACCUGGGGAAGUAUGGUGUUAUUUGCUUGGAAGACCUCAUUCAUGAAAUUGCCUUUCCGGGGAAGAAUUUCCAGGCGAUUUGUGAGUUCUUACGUCCUUUCCAUCUCUCAGUGGCCCGUCAUGCUACCAAGAAUAGAGUGGGCUUCCUCAAGGAGGUGGGCUUGCCCGGCUAUCGAGGCGAACGCAUCAAUCAGCUCAUUCGGCAGCUGAAUUAAAUCCAGAAUAUCUGAAAGCACAGCACAUUGGAGCCAUGUGUUUUGUCUUUUGGAAUUGUUAUCAGUGUCUUCGAAGAAGAUUAUUUUCUGCUAUGUCUUCAGAAACUAGAUGGGGAGGAUUCAAGGAAAAGAUGACGACGUUCCUGGCAGGCACUUCUGGUCGCAGUCCCCGUCCAAGAAAAAGUUGCAGUGUGUUUUGCACGUUGACUGCACUGUCCCCUCUCAAGUCAGCAGUGGACUCAUGCUACGGAAGAGGGAACCCUGCUACGUCACAUCUUCUGUUCUGGGGUUUGAUGUUGGUAAACGACUAUCCAAGCAUGAACACAAGACCGCAGUGGACCAAGCUCAGGGACAUACUUGAACCUGGGGGCUCCUGGGGCUUUUUUCUGGAAGGAACUUAAAAUACAAAGAGCACGAACACAGUGCUCAGUUGUCCCUGC